AUGUCUUCAUUAACGGAGGAUAAAAUGGUCAACACGAAGGAGGAAAUUGAAUACAUUGCAACCGAAGAUGAAUCGGGACUUUCAGAAGAACACAAACAGUAUCUCAUUGCCAAACAUGGGACCUAUGAUUUGGUUCCUCUACCAUCAAUGAAUGACGAUGAUCCCUUGAACUGGUCAAAUGGGUUUAAACAUUUACAAUUGGCGAUGGUGGCAUUCCAUGCAUUUAUGGCUACCUUUAUGGCCUCAGGUUUGGUACCUGUUAUCGGAAUGUAUUCAGAAAUUUACCAGAUGUCAACCCCGGACGUGGCUUACUUGGUAUCAGUACAGAUUGUGUUGAUUGGUGGGUUCCCAUUGUUGUGGGUGCCUUUGAUGGAAAGGUAUGGAAAACGUUUGCUUUUGAUUAUUUCGACACUUGGAACCAUGUGCUUUUCAUUGGGAAGUGUGUUUAGUACCACUUAUGGCACUAUGAUGGCAAUGAGAUGCUUACAAGCUAUUUUCAUUUCACCUGGAUUAGCAGUCGGUGGUGCCGUGGUGAAUGAAACCACAUUCAGUCAUCAAAGAGGUUCAAGAAGUGGUAUUUGGGCAAUUGCUGUAAACUUGGGCACAAUGGUGGGAGCUUUGUUGAUGGGCAUUGUUGCCCAGCAUCAGGACCCCAAGUAUAUUCACGUGGUGUUUACAUGUAUCAACUUUGGACAAGUUGUUUGCUACGUGUUUUUUGGAAAGGAGUCGCUUUACAAUCACAAAGAUUUAUCAAGAAACGAAACUAAUCGAUUCAAACAGUUGCGGUUUAGGGCCAUAUUCCCCGAGAAUCGUAUAACUUUAAAAGAUACUUUUUACCCCAUGGUGUUUUUCACAAAUUGGAGAAUCUUUAUUCCAACUUUUGCAUACUCAAUGUGCUUUCUUCAUGGAAAUAUUGCGUUGAAUAUCGAAAUUCCUGAAGUCAUGUACAUCAAGUUUGGGUUGGGUCCGCAAGCUUUGGGGUUGCAGUUUAUUUCAUUCAUAGUUGGCGCUGCCAUUGGUGAAGUAGGUGGAUACAUGUCGGAUAAGUUGGUGGCAUGGGGUCAAAAGAGAGGUAGAGGGCCAUCAUUUAGAUUGUGGAUUACGUAUCCUGGUUUUGCCACUUGCAUUAUUGGACUAGUUGUAUUUGGGGUGCAGAUAGAUGCUGCUACAUCGUGGAAUGUCACACCUUUAAUAGGUUGCGCGUUAGCAUCAUUUGGUUUGCAAAUCAUGACGUCACCAUUCAUUGCAUAUUGUAUUGACAUGGAUCAUAAACAAGCUGGGGCAAUCAUUUUGUUCAUCACUGUUGUCAGACAAACACUUGCAUUCAUAGGCCCAUUUUACUUUCCAGUUAUGUUUGCGAAAUUAGGAUUCACGGUUGCUUAUAGUGUAAUGGCUGGUAUUAUUGCCGGUUUGGCAUUCAUUCCUACUCUUGUUUUACAAAUCAAAGACGCUAAGAGUGGCAAGUGA